AUGUGGUGGCUGUUGAGGAAUGCUGUGAGGCACUGUAGAAGUCGAAGUUUGUAUCCAUUUCCGAUAACGUUCUUCCAAAAUUGCGCUUCGAAAAGCGAUCCUGUUGGCACUUCAUCCAAAAAUCAUUGGAGAGUGAUGAAGACACCGCUUCGGCGAAAUAUUCCUUAUAUCGCGAAGUACCCGGAAAAUGUUAUUAUGAUGUGGAUCGGGAGUACUCCACGAAUAGCUCGUAACAAGAUCUUAUUUACGGAUGGAAUGGAGGAGCAUUCUCUACACAUCCAUUUCGUGUACUGUGUUCCCCAUUCUAAGACUUUGGUCGAAAUUAAUCUUGCUCGUCCCUUGGACGAAUUAUUUUUACGAACAUGUGAAAAGAUAAAGGAAAAAGUCAACAAAUUUAUUCAUAAACAGCCAAAUAAAGUGGUUUGUGACGAGACUGGGGCCUCUGAAUUUGUAUUUUCUGCACCAAAUCAUCCCAAUUUGCUUCUUUCCACGAACGAACAAAUAUAUAAGGAUGAGAAUAUACUCGAUGUAUGUAUCAAUAACGAUAUGUACCGUUUAUUACGAAACCCUCCUCGAUGUACAAAGCUAGUUCUAAAGUUGAAACCAUUAGUAGGAUGCCCUCUCAUGGCCAGUUUCUCAUUAGCGGGAAACUCACGAAAAGUAGAUCCAUCAUUUCACUGGUAUGCUGGAGAACCUGGUGCAUCUUUAAUUUUGCCAAUCGUUAAUAAUAUUCCGGGAGGAAAAUCGAAGUAUAUGAUGGAUGGUUGGACCUAUCGUUUCACGGGCAGAUACUUUUGUCCUGGUGUUGAGGAUGUUGGAAAACGUAUCUGCGUAUUGCUCGAUAUGGGAUCAGAUACGAUCGUAUAUUGUGCUGACAGUGGUGGCGAAGUUUCUGAAGUCGGUGAAACAUUGAUUUUCGAACAAAGACAAGCUACUUGUUGUCAAGAAUAUGCAAAUAGUAGAAAUACACGAGUGAUUUCGUAUAAUAUUCUUGCUAACCUAUACUUGGAUUUAAAGCUCAAACAAGAAGAUUUGCAUUUUCCCUAUUGUGCAAAAGAGUAUCAGAACUACGACUAUCGAUACCCUAUUUUACUUCGAGAAAUUCCUGGUUACCGAGCAGAUAUCGUAUUUUUGCAAGAAGUAGAUGAACGAUUGUGGUUACGCUUCUUACCUGAGGUGAUGAGCAGCCAUGGAUAUGAUUGCUACUUUAAAAAGAAAGGAAUGAAAGUAAAUGAAGGAUUAGUCGUCUGUUUUCGUAGGAAUCAAUUCAGGUGUCUUGAAAGCCAUAACAUGUGGUUGCCGGACCUUCUAAAUACUGAAACAUACCCUGAGAACGUUGAUAUAAUUGAGCUACUGAAAAGCAGUGAUGAAUUAAAUGCCAUGUUUAUAUCAAAACCUGCAGUCAUACAGGUGUUAGUAUUGGAUAACAGUAGCCUGUUCGCAGAAGGGAAUGGUAUUUUACUGCUUGCAAAUACUCAUUUGUAUUUCGAUCCUCGUUUUGAAAUCAUCAAAAUACUGCAAGCAUUACUAUGUGCUCGAUGGGUUGUGCGUGUUGCUACAGAUUAUGCAAAUCACAAUCCUAGAGCAAAGUUGCAUAUCCUGUUUGCUGGCGAUUUUAAUAGCACACCAGAUGGACCUGUCUAUCAUUUGCUCAGUACAGGAAAUAUAUCGAUCAAAAGUGAGUGCUGCUCGUACAGCCAGCAUCCACAUGGUGACGUAAAUUUUACCAUUCAACCGUCUUUUUCAUCGUUCAGCUUGAAGCUGACAAGUUUAGGAGAUGAAACACAAUUCACAAAUUAUACACGUCAUUAUCGAUAUGAUGGACAAAUUGCUGGUUUCGAAGGAUGCUUGGACUACAUUUGGGGAAGUACUAAUGUGAAAGUACACAAAGUCAUUCCAGUGCCACCCAAAGAACUUGCUAAGAAGUACGUUGCACUACCGUCUAAGAUAUCUCCCAGUGACCACCUACCAUUAGUUUGUGAUAUACAAUUUCGGUGA